AUGAGACCUUCCCCCUUCCUACUGAGGUCCACUCAGGACAAAGGCUCUUGGCUCUUCCUCUUUCUACAAGUUUGGGCAUCCCUUUCGGGUUGUCAAAACUUUGGGCAAAAGUGGGACGUGGAGGCAGAGCCUUCUCCCAUCAGCUGUGUGUCGAAAGUCAAAGGUCUUGGCUGCUGGUGCUGCUACGUCGCUUCAGUCGUGCCUGACUCUGUGCAACCCCAUAGACGGCAGCCCACCAAGGCUCCCCUGUCUCUGGGAUUCUCCAGGCAAGAACACUGGAGUGGGUUGCCAUUUCCUUCUGCAAUGCAUGAAAGUGAAAAGUGA